GCGCUCACCGGGCUGCCUGCUACCAAACUGGCUGCUAUUUGCGUGCUGAGAGGUGGGGGGCCCUGGGCAGGAAGCUGGCUGAGCCCCAAGACCUCGGGGGCCAUGGGCGGGGAGCCGAUGGCCGGCCUGGGGGCCCUGCGGCGUCGCAAGUGGCUUCUGGAGCAGGAGAAGCUGCUGGCGGGCUGGGCGCUGGCGCUGGCCGCGCUGGGAGUGGCGCUCAUGGUGCUGCACGCCGAGAUGCUGUGGUUUGGGGGCUGCCUGUGGGCUUUCUACCUGCUCCUGGUUAAGUGGCUCAUCAGCCUGUCCACUGCGCUACUACUCGGCCUCAUCGUGGCCUUCCAUGCCAGGGAGGUCCAGGGCACCGGCCUGGGAGCGCUCACCGGGCUGCCUGCUACCAAACUGGCUGCUAUUUGCGUGCUGAGAGGUGGGGGGCCCUGGGCAGGAAGCUGGCUGAGCCCCAAGACCUCGGGGGCCAUGGGCGGGGAGCCGAUGGCCGGCCUGGGGGCCCUGCGGCGUCGCAAGUGGCUUCUGGAGCAGGAGAAGCUGCUGGCGGGCUGGGCGCUGGCGCUGGCCGCGCUGGGAGUGGCGCUCAUGGUGCUGCACGCCGAGAUGCUGUGGUUUGGGGGCUGCCUGAACUCACCCCUCCCUGCCCGUAGGCAGGCUGUGAACGCCACCGGCCACCUCACGGACACGCUGUGGCUCAUCCCCAUCACAUUCCUGACCAUCGGCUACGGUGAUGUGGUGCCGGGCACCAUGUGGGGCAAGAUCGUCUGCCUCUGCACCGGCGUCAUGGGGGUGUGCUGCACCGCCCUGCUGGUGGCCGUGGUAGCCCGAAAGUUGGAGUUCAACAAGGCCGAGAAGCAUGUGCACAACUUCAUGAUGGACAUUCACUACACCAAAGAGAUGAGGGAGUCGGCGGCCCGGCUGCUGCAGGAGGCGUGGAUGUAUUACAAACACACGCGCAGGAAGGACUCGCGCGCAGCCCGCAGGCACCAGCGCCGGCUGCUGGCCGCCAUCCACACGUUCCGCCAGGUACGGCUGAAACACCGCAAACUGCGGGAGCAAGUCAACUCCAUGGUGGACAUCUCCAAGAUGCACAUGAUCCUGUGCGACCUCCAGCUGGGGCUCAGCAGCUCACAGCAGGCUCUGGAGAAGCGGAUGGACGUGCUGGCCGGGAAGCUCGACGCCCUGACCGAGCUGCUCUCCACUGCCCUGAGAACCCAGCAGCGCCCGGAACCCAGCCAGGAGGCCCUAUAGCUGGGACCCCCAUCUCUGCGUGUCCAGGAUCCGGGCUCCAGUUUCUGGGGGUGAAGAACCCCCUUCCAGUGCCUCCCGACCAGCCCCAGGGAUGAGGUGCCCCUAGGUGCAAAGACCCUUGGGGGACCAGCUGCAAAGGAGGGGGGACCGGCCAAAGUGGGGGGGCAAGGCCACAGCUCACUACGACCCCCCCCAACACCCUCUUCUCAAACCUCACUGUGCUGCUACUGAUGACCGUGCCUCCAGGUAGAAGUGGGGGCGCUGGGGGUCGGGGUGGACUCCCAGGAGUCCCCGUCACCCUGGAUGGGCCAACUGGACGGAGCCUGGCCGGCGCCCCCUGGUGGUCAUCCCGGAGGACGCCGCGCGUCCACAGCCGCUUUCUACUUUGUUAAUAAACGUUCCACACGG